AUGUCAAAAAUUGUGCACGACGCCGUUCAAAGUCUCUUCCCAGGCAAUUGUUUCGAGGAGUUGCUGAUCAACUUCAACUUCUUCCAUCCAACAUGCCCAAAAGCAGUGCUCAGUCGUGGACUUGGAUUCGCCAUUACACUUGGCUCGAUUCUCCUCUUCGUUCCGCAGAUUUUGAAAAUUCAGGCGGGUAAAAGUGCGCAGGGAAUCUCCGCCUCUUCACAACUUCUCGCUCUCGUCGGAGCUAUUGGAACGGCUUCGUACAGUUAUCGAUCAGGAUUCGUUUUCAGCGGAUGGGGAGAUUCGUUCUUCGUCGCUGUUCAACUUGUGAUCAUUCUCCUUCAAAUCUUCCUGUUCAAUGGACAAACAGCUCUCUCAGUUGGAUUCCUAGGAGUUGUGUCUGCUGUUGCUUACGGUGUUAUCAGUAAAACCAUCCCAAUGUAUGUGUUGACAUACGUUCAAACCGCCGGAAUCCCGAUUGUCGUUGUGUCGAAGCUCCUUCAAAUCUCUCAAAACUACCGCGCCCAAUCCACUGGUCAACUCUCACUGAUCUCCGUGUUCCUUCAGUUCGCUGGAACUGUCGCCCGAGUGUUCACUUCUGUUCAAGACACUGGCGACUCGCUUCUCAUCAUCUCCUACUCAACAGCCGCCGUGCUCAAUGGUCUCAUUUUCGCCCAAUUCUUCAUGUAUUGGUCCAACGCGGAAGCGACUAGAAAGAAGAGAAACUAG